AUGGGGGAGCCAUUGCCUCGAGGCAGCUCUGCCUCCUUAAAUGACUGGCCUGAAACACCUAAAGCGCCAAACCCACCACCUUUACCGCCAUUUCCCACAACAUCACGCCAACAGUUAUCUCUUGUCCAACCAUCCGAAAGAAGGAAACACAAACCCAAGGUUUUUCGUGUCUUACGCUCGGUUUUUCGAACCUUCCCCAUUAUAACCCCAGCAUGCAAGAUUCCAGUCCUAUCUGGCGGACUACCGGACGGUAAUCGGGGAGUUUCGGGAAGUAGAGUUACAGGAACUUUAUUUGGGUAUCGUAAAGGUAGGGUAAGCUUGUCCGUGCAAGAAAACUCUAGGUGCCUCCCUUCAUUAGUUGUUGAGCUAUCCAUGCAAACCCAAGUGUUACAGAAAGAAAUGGCCACAGGAAUGUUAAGGAUUGCCCUAGAAUGUGAAAAGAGACCGGAUAAAGAUAAGACUAGGGUGUUAGAUGAACCACUGUGGACAAUGUUUUGCAAUGGCAGAAAAUGUGGCUAUGGGGUUAAAAGAGAUGCCUCGGAGGAGGAUUUGAAUGUCAUGGAGCUUCUCAAGGCAGUAUCAAUGGGGGCUGGGGUCCUGCCAGGGAAUUCUAACGUCGAGGGCCCAGAUGGCGAGCUGGCCUACAUGAGAGCCCAUUUUGAACGUGUUGUGGGCUCGAAGGAUUCUGAGACAUUAUACAUGAUAAGCCCAGAAGGUAAUACUGGGCCUGAACUUAGUAUAUUCUUCGUGAGGGGACUGCAGCAAGUGUCCAGGCAUAAGCUACAUACAGAAAGCUCAUACGGGUCGUAUUUGACUGCUUUGCCGACUGCUGAAACCAAGAAAGUGUUUGUAAUGGAGAAACUUGCACAAGAUCUGAAGAAAGGCUUCCUCGAUCUAUUCGAAGCUAUCAGAGGUAGCAGAACUUCUCAAGGAAAUGAAAAUGUGGAAGAAGCCAAGUCAGAAUCUGUGGAGGAAGUAACUGUACAAGAAAGAGGCAUCAAAGUUGCCAGGGGUCCAACACGUCCAGGUGUGCCCAAAGGUCAACCCCCUAAGAAUGCUUGA